AUGUCUCUCUCCGCCCGCGCCGAGACGAAUGCUAAACGCACAGGCACCGCCCUGAUCUGGCAGAUCAUCCAGAACCUGUGGGAGCCCACAACUAACCCUUUGGGCUACAUUAGUCUCGGCGUCGCUGAGAACCUUCUUAUGCAUGAUGACCUGCUAGCCCACAUCCACGCCAAUACCAAAGCUACCAGCCAGGCCCUCACCUACGGCGAUGGCACCGGCGGCUCCAAGCGGCUCCGUGCCUCCAUGACCCGAUUCCUAACCAAGCACCUGCGCCCGGUCGAACCCAUCCAGUCUCAGCAUAUUACCGUUACCAACGGCUGCAGCUCCGCCAUCGAGCACAUGUCCUGGGCUAUCGCGAACCCCGGAGAAGGCUUCCUGCUGGGACAGCCGUACUACGGUACCUUCAAGGACGACAUCACGCUGCGGACCGAUGCCCACCUCGUCCCCGUACCCUUCCAUGGCAUCGACCCACUCGGUCGCGAGGCCGUGGCCAAGUAUGAGGAGGCCCUCCUCAAGUCCCAAGAGAACGGCGUCAUCAUCGACCUGAUGAAGUUGUGCGAGAAGUAUGGCAUCCACCUCAUCAGCGACGAAAUAUACGCCCUGUCGGUCUGGUCCGACGAACCCCCUGCCGUCCCCUACGAGUCCGCGCUCUCUAUACCUCUUGCGGGCGUCAUGGACCAGGCCCGCCUCCACGUCCUUUGGGGCAUGUCCAAGGAUUUCGGAGCCAACGGCUUGCGCAUGGGCGUCAUCAUUUCCCAGCACAACGAGGCCCUCCACACAGCCCUCGUCUGCGUCUCCCUCUACAGCUCCACCUCGUCGCUCUCGGAGAUCGCCACCGCUAACAUCCUCGACGACGACGCCUGGGUCGAAUCAUACAUCGCCACUAACCGUAAGAAGCUGGCUGCCAACUACGCCAUCGCGCGGGCCUGGGCCGAUGAGAAUGGCGUGUCUUACGCCAAGGGGGUCAACGCCGCCUUCUUCCUGUGGGUCGACCUCGGCGCCGUGUACCGCACAAAGCACCCGGACAGGGAGGUGGUCAACGCAGAUAAGGUGGUCAUGGACGCUUUGCUUCGGAACCGGGUCUUCCUGGCGUCCGGGAAAGCAUUCGGCUCCGAGGAGCCGGGGUGGUUCCGCAUCGUGUUUUCCGUCAACGAGGAGUACCUGCUGGAAGGCUUGAAGAGGGUCUUGGCUGCGCUUGAUGAGUAA